AUGUAUCUGACAGAAGAAUCAGUUACAAAACGAAUUGUGUUAAGUUCAAUCGCUAAGGUGUACAACCCUCUUGGACUUUUGUCCCCCAUUACGACCGUACUUAAAAUACUCUUUCAAGCCAUUUGCAAGGACAAGAACAUUACCUGGGACGAUGUUCUCGAAGAUGAGACAGCGAAAUCGUGGAAAUCUGUGUUGACUAAUAUGAAAGAAACCUCGACAGUCGAUUUGAAUCGAUGCUAUAGCCCUCAGAUUGAUCGAAAGGAAAUCAGAUCAGUAGAAUUACACGGAUUCGGUGAUGCUUCGGAGAAAGCGUACAGAGGAGUAGUGUAUAUUCGUAUCAGUACAGGAACGGUUGUUUCGUGUCAACUCGUUGCAUCCAAGUCAAAAGUCGCUCCCAUAGGUGGAGAAACAAUUCCGAGACUAGAGCUGUUAUCAGGGCUGGUGCUUGCAAGAUUAAUGUCACGUGUUCGACGUGAACUGGAAGGAAAGUACAAGAUUGAUCGCGUUGUCUGGAUUCAGAGAUUGCCCUGUGGUGGAUUACAGGGACAGGAAAAGAGUAUAAACUGUUUAUUCAAAAUCGAGUUGUAG